ACAUUCAAGAGAACUAACCAGCAUCUAGACAAGCUCAUUCUUUUUCAUAAGUCUCUUGAGAUAUAAUCAUUUGGGGCCAUGGAAGAUGAAGACGGUUACAUGGCGUUAAGUCCCCAGCCAAGUAAUAAAAACUCUGCACGUUGGGCAGAAGCUAAGAGGACGCAAGGCAAUUCUAAGCUAAUCGCUCGGUACAAAAUCUCACUGGGGAUAUUAGGGGCAGCCUGUGUCGUUCUGGGAUUGGCUGUGAUUGCGCUGAUCGUGUUUGCUGUGGAGGGAGGCUUAUGUAAAGGUGAGACUCGUGGGACAGCUGCCAGCGCCACUGAGGAUGAAGCAGGAACCUUGAAAAGCCCAAUGAGAGCACAUGGAAGCCCCUGUUCUGAGCAGAUGGCCAUUCACCUGUGUGAGCCAUUUACAGAAAGUGCCAGGUGUAAGCUCUGUCCAAACAACUGGGUUGCACGGGAGGGAAAGUGCUACUGGUUUUCUAAAGAGAAAUGGAAUUGGCUUCAGGGCUACAGCGACUGUUCCAGGAAGAGAUCUCAAAUGCUAGUGGUCCGGGAUUGGGCAGAAAUGGAAUUCAUACAGGCCAUCACUCAAGAGAAAUAUCCUGUUUGGAUUGGACUUAAUAUUACACAUCUGCGCAACACCUGGACCUGGGUGGAAGGCUCAGCCUUAAAUCAAACCCUGUUCCCACUGCCUCUUCCAGAAACUGGAGCCGGUUGUGGAGUUGUGAAAUCCGGUCAAGUUCGCUCUGAAAUGUGCACUGCUGAAUUUAGGUGGAUUUGUGAAAAAGAAGCCAUUUUGUUCUAACCUAUGAAAACCAGCCACCAACCUUCACGUGCUAGUAUGAUAGACCCUUUUUAUUUCCCUGAACCACAAAGGCUGCAUGAAGGAGAGCUGCUAUCACAAGUGAAUAUCAUCCCCUCUAUUAGUGCACCUGAGUCAUAACUCAAUUAUGGAAACAGGACAAUCUAAAAAAUUAGGUGGUAGCUUCUGAACGCUCAGGGGACUCCUUAGGUAUGCAGACAUAUAUAUA